GCUUCACCUAGUGUUCUAAUCGAUUCCAUUUAUUUUCCAUUAGCAGAAAGAGAAAGUAGUGUACCUCUUAGAUGCUCAAGUAGAGUAGUUAUGGUAGUUCUUAAGGUAAGACCGUAAGAGGUCGCAAGUUUGAUUUCUGCAUCUGCAAUAAUUGACUGAGUCAGUCCCGCAUGUCUGAAGGAUAGGCUAAUUCAAUUUUAUUUAGUUAAUACUUUUAUCUGACUUGGGCAAUUAUCCAAGACAGCCAAAAGGAAAUUUGCAAUUCAGUCUUUUUGGGGAAAAAAAUAGUAUCAACGAUGUUACGUCUUGGGAUUUUUUUUUGGUGGUGGUUGAGGUGAAAAGCGCUAUAAUGCGAGAUUACAUUUUUUCUCCCUUUCAUGACGAAAAGUAUGCUUAUGCGGUCAUAGGCAUUUUGCAUUUGUUCCAUAUGAUAGCUACCUGUUUUGUGCACUGUGUUGUCCACUGCACAUUACCAACAUGGAUUGGAGAAAACAAUUGAAAAUGUUCUCCACUCAAGAGCAAUUUACCCAGUUAUGUUGUUUCUAUAAGAUUUUUCCUGUUCCGCAUAAGGCCUUACGAAUGCUGAAACUGGUCUUGACCUACUUACUGUACUGAUGCCUCUUUUUUCUAGACGAGACUCCGUGAAAAAUUAGAUCGCUUCUCUUGAUAAUUCAUGUAGUAAUAAUGAACAAUGGCAAGUGAUUUUUUCUGAUUGCUUUUAUACCAUAGAUACAAUUUUGGGAUAGCACACAUCAUGGGUUGCUUUGGUUGUUUUGAGCAAGAUGACAUGCACAAGGCUGCUGGUAAUGGGCCUUACACAACAACUCAUGCUGCAGGCAACCAUGGAGGCUAUCACGCAACAGAAACAGCACAAAAGGAUAAACAGAGUAUUAGCAUGCAGCCGAUAGCUGUGCCUGCCAUUCCUGUAGACGAGCUAAAGGACAUUACUGAUAAUUUCGGUUCAAAAUCGUUAAUUGGUGAGGGCUCUUAUGGAAGGGUGUACCAUGGGGUUUUGAAAAGUGGACAGACGGCUGCAGUUAAAAAGCUAGAUUCCAGCAAGCAGCCAGACCAAGAAUUUCUAGCACAGGUCUCUAUGGUAUCAAGGCUAAAGCAUGAGAAUGUUGUUGGGUUGCUUGGUUACUCUGUGGAUGGUGGUCUUCGUCGGAAAGGUGUGAAAGGUGCAGAACCAGGUCAAUUACUGUCGUGGGCCCAGAGAGUUAAAAUUGCUGUUGGGGCCGCCAAAGGACUAGAAUACUUGCACGAGAAGGCACAGCCUCAUAUCAUUCACCGUGACAUCAAAUCGAGCAAUGUUUUACUCUUCGAUGAUGAUGUGGCCAAGAUUGCGGAUUUUGAUUUGUCCAAUCAAGCCCCUGACAUGGCAGCACGUCUUCAUUCUACUCGUGUCCUUGGGACUUUCGGUUAUCAUGCCCCCGAAUAUGCAAUGACUGGGCAACUAAGCUCAAAGAGUGAUGUUUACAGCUUUGGUGUUGUGCUCUUAGAACUCUUGACUGGCCGUAAACCAGUUGACCAUACACUUCCUAGAGGGCAGCAGAGUCUGGUGACAUGGGCAACGCCUAAGCUAAGUGAAGACAAGGUGAAGCAGUGUGUAGAUGGUAGACUCAAUGGAGAAUACCCUCCUAAGGCUGUUGCCAAGAUGGCUGCAGUUGCUGCCUUGUGUGUGCAAUACGAAGCUGAUUUUCGGCCAAACAUGAGCAUUGUAGUAAAAGCUUUACAUCCUCUGUUGAAUACGAAUACGAAUACGAGUACUCGAUCUGGACCUCCACCCAACUUGUGAUUUCCUUUCUUAUCCUUAUACCUCAAAAUAUUUUGCUCAACUUCUUGUGAAAAAUGAUUGUAGACGAGGGGCUUCUAAUUAUUUUUGGUGGUGUAUAUUAAUUCCAUCCAUUGUUGUUUUGUUGGAGAUAUAUUUAUGAACCAAGUCACCAACUGUUGGAUAUAUAUAGAGCAAUGUUGAAAUUAUUGAAUGUAUAAAUAGAUAGUUAAAUGCUACUGUUGAGCAUUCUUUUGUGCACAUUCCUUUUAAAUUGCCCGUGUGCGUGAAGUAUUCUUUCAGAUUAAAUAGGGUGUUACUAUUCACCGC